UUAGUAAACAUGAAUGAUGCUAAUAUGGAAACCCUUGAUAAAACAACAAAUCAUGUGAUCGAGGAAAGUGGUGAUGAACCACCAGCUAAGAUCAGAUGUACGGAAAGCAGUAUAUCUAAUACAGAUUCGAUCAAACUCUCCGAUUCUAUUUUGUUAUUUCGGAAUAAAAAAAUUUCAAACCAUGGUGAAGUAUAUGAAGGAGAAAUAUCGAGUGCCACUUAUGGAACUCGUCCGAUUGCAAUAAAAUUUGUUCAAUACAACAAACAAAGUGUGGAAGAGGCAAAAAUUCUUUUCCGACUAAACCCUCACACUCAUGUGGUCUCUGUGAUUCACUCAGACGAAUAUCAACAAGGUCCAAUAAAAUAUAUGUACAUUGCAAUGGACAAAUGUAACCAAGAAAACUUGAGAAGUUUUGUGGAAAAUCGAAAGAAUGACGGAAUUCCAUUUGAUCCUGAACUUGCACUGGAUUUUGCAAAACAGUUAUUCACUGGAAUACAAUACAUUCAUGAUAAACUUGUGGUGCACAAAGACCUUAAGCCGGACAAUGUGUUUUUAUCCCUCGAUCAGAAAGUCAUUAAAAUUGGUGAUUUUGGCAUAAGUGAAGUCAUCGAGUCAAAGACUCAAACAGUUUACACCAGAAAAGGCCUCGGUACUGACGGUUACAGACCCCCUGAAUCAUUUGUGACUGGAUUUCCAACUUCCCAAAAAACUGACAUAUAUUCACUGGCUGUCAUUGUUUACUAUGUAUGGAGUGAUGGCCAACAUCCCUUUGGCGAUGAAAGAGACUUAUGGAAUCAUUUCAUGAAAAACCACAAAAACCUGAACCUGGAUGGACUUUUAGUUCCAAAUGCAGAAGUUGCAAAAGAUUUACUGGAAUGGAUGCUGCAGCUUGUUCCUCGUAAACGUCCAAUGAUAAACAAGGUUCUUUCCCAUAAGUAUAUGGCUCCACCGAAUGUAAAAGGUUUACUAUUCCGAGAUAUACAGGAAGAAUCUGCACAUUGCAGCUCACAAAGCUCUCCAACAAGCAGGCAUGAUGAACUUUUGCUUCCACAUUUUGAAAAUGGAACUUUCAAAUCAGAUUUGUCAACAAAAAAGAAAACCAAAAGUCAUUCUUCACAAGUUGCAACUUCAUUAUCAAAGCUUGUUAAUAAUUUCCACUUUGCAAAAUAUCUUGAAGAAAAAAUUAGGAAGACAGCUUUGACCUCGAAAUAUCGCCAGCAACUAACUGAUGACAUCUGGUGGUUUACAGACAAAUUGAUUGAUGACAAUUUUCAUUUCAAAGUUUAUGAAGGCCAACUGAAACUACCUAAUUCAGUUGCAGAACCUUGUAGGGUAUGGGUGUUUUCAAACUGGAAUGAAGACUUACUUCACAAAACAAAAAUUCUUCAGCAACAUCCACAUCAAAAUGUACUCUCUGUCUUUGCUAGUGGUUUGAUAAAAGGAAUAAAUAAACAUUUUGUUGUCACUGAAAGAUGCCAGUUUCUAACUCUUGAGACAUAUUACGAAGAGAGGAAACAAAAUAAAUUUCCUUUUGAUCCUAGACUUGCUCUCGUACAAGCAAAACAGUUAGUUAGUGGUCUACAACAUCUGCAUAAACAUAAUAUUGCUCAUGGAACAUGGAAGUGGUGUAUUCUGUUUUCACUUGACAUGCAAAACGUGAAAAUUAGUCUUUAUACCGUUAGCAUGUUUUCCUCCGUAUCUUUUCCAAAACUUAGCACUGAAAGUGAUAUAAAUAUGCUGGGUAAUAUCUUGUAUAGAUUAUGGUCUAACAACCUUAACACAUAUAGGUCAUUUAAAAAUGUUACGCAAGAUAAUGAUCGUAGUGAUUUACUGAUUCCCAAUCCUCACUUAGCCUGUGAUUUGCUUAAAAAAAUGACUCACGAUAACAAAAAUCGUCGACCAACAAUUCAGCAGGUUGUUGAUCAUGAAUUCUGGAAAAGUAUCAACGUUUAGUUUUUCAUUUGUUCAGUCUCGUACAUGUUUGUAGAUUCUAG